AGCGGUUGGGACAACGCCGCCGCUGGGCGUAUUAUUUUCAUUGUUUAUUCCGGCUUUUUAUGAAAUAGUGUAAUAAGUUAAUAACAAUGCCUCGAAAUCCAAAGCUAGAAGAAUUUGAAAUUGAAAGAAAACCCUCCAGAUUCCAGGGAGUGCGUAGUGGCAGCGAUUUCUUUUCACGAAAGCAUUCGCAUUUUCUCGAUAAAAAUGCAUCCAAGGGAAGAUCGCUGAAGGGUUGGGGUAAACUCCUGCUGUUCUAUUUGAUCUUCUACUCGUCCCUGGUGCUGUUAUUCGCCAUCUGCAUGACUACCUUCCUGCAGCAGUUCAUCAACCCUCGAGUACCGCGGUUGCAGCAAGAAUACAGCAUAAUCGGCACCAGCCCCGGGCUCGGUUUUCGGCCCCUCCCCCCGGACGUUCGGAGCACCCUCAUCUGGUAUAAGGGCACCGGCUACGACAGCUACAAAUACUGGGAGGACGCGCUCAAAAAAUUCCUAUCAGUCUACAAGCAGAAGGGCCAAACAGCCGGCGCCGGACAGAACAUCGUGGACUGCGACUGGAACAGAUCGCCGCCGCCCGGCAAGUUCUGCGACGUCGACAUACGCAGCGGAUACGAGCCCUGUACCGAGGAAAACCACUUCUCCUUUCACAAGAGUUCGCCUUGCAUCUUCUUGAAGCUUAACAGAAUAUACGGAUGGAAACCAGAUUUCUACGAACCACACGAAUUGCCUGCUGACAUGCCCGAAGAUCUGCAGCAGCAUAUCAAGGACCUAUCCAGUGCUAAAAACCAUACAAACAUGAUCUGGAUAUCGUGCACGGGCGAGACGCCGGCCGACCGCGAGAACAUCGGCCCCGUGCAGUACCUCCCGCACCGCGGCUUCCCCGGCUACUACUACCCGUACGAGCACGCCGAGGGCUACCUCAGUCCGCUGGUCGCGCUGCAUCUAAAGAGACCUAGAACUGGCAUAGUAAUCAACAUCGAGUGCCGAGCGUGGGCGAAGAACAUCAUUUAUAACCGAAAGGAGAGACAAGGGAUCGUCCAUUUUGAAAUUAUGAUCGAGUAGACAAUAUAGUCGUCCGAUUUGUAGCUGGCCCGAACGGCUUAUCCUUUGUCUAUUGUUAAGUAAAACCGCACGUGCUACUACCUGCAUAAAACAAAGGAUGAGUCGCUUUAACCGGUUAUUGAAUUACGACUCUAUGGAAAUUGGAAUAAGAUAACGAACGCUACAAAACCAGUCUAACAUGUGUCAUAGAGAUGCGUAACAAAGGCGCGUUAUCGGAGAGCGCACCUACACUGGUUUUUUGAGCGUUGGACUAGCCCGCGCUCAGGUGCCAAUUAGGAUUACACGACCCUUUUUUGCAGGUAUUGGCACGUGCGGUUUUACUUAACAAUAGAUAAAGGAUUAGCCGUUCGGGGCCAGCUACACAUCGAAAGACUAUACCAACUACUAUUACGAAUUAUCUCAAAUGAUUUUUUCGCCAAAACCCUACACCGUUAGACAAAAGGCAUUGUUUCUUUUGUGCAUUGCGGUGGCUACCUCAUUUCUCAUUAGUGAAAAGGAUCACGCCCGUUUUAAAGGCAAUUUUAGCGUGCUACACAUAGGGCUCAAAUUUAAGUAACAGCUUUUUGCUAUCUCUGAAUGCUGUUAUCUGAAUUUGAACCAUAAAAGUAGAACGCUAAAAAUUGCCUUUUAAAGAGGCGUGAUUCUUUUCACUGAUGAGAAAUGAGGUAGCCACCGCGGCGCACAAAAGAAACAAUGCCUUUUGUUUAACGGCGUAGGGUUUGGGCGAAAAAAUUAUUUGAGAUAAUUCGUACGAUACAAGUAAGAAAAUAGCAAAUGAAUUUGAUUUGAUUUAGGGAAAUCAUGAUACUGACACAGUAUUAACAAAAGACCAAGUUUGCUUUUAGAAGAUCUAUAAAAUACCUCCUUCAAAUGAAUUACUAAGUUAUGUACUUUAAAACGGUAUACGGUAACUGAAAAGACCAUAGUUUAUACAUUGUACAAUUUGUACAAUAUUUGGAAAACUUGUAUACUACCAGUAAAGUUAAUAUUUUAGAAAGAAAAGACCGGUCUGCUCAGUAGACCUAAUGGUCUUUCCAGUAGACCGACACAAAAGACUUAAGAAAUAUUUAAUGAAUCUCAUCAUAUCUCAGCUAGCAUUUAUACAUAUACAUUUCCAUAGCAAUAAUGCUUAUUUAGACAUUUUUAUACACUUACUUAAAACUCCGUCCAUGGUUUUUGCUAUUGUAUGAUAUUAAUACUAUGUAAGCUGAAGUGUCAGAUUGUCACUUGUCAUAAGCACUAUUGUCAGAUUUAAUUUAAAUGAAUUGUGUAUUUUUAUAAUAAACUCUAAUAUUAUGUAAUAGGAGUAGACCCACCGUAGAAAGUAGCCUUAAAAAAUUAAUCUUUGCCUUUCUAGAUUUUUAUAUUGAACUAGCUUUUGAUAUUUUAAUAAAUUUAGUAUAUUAGCGUUUAUUUAAUGUACGAUUUUUUUUUUCUGUUUAAUAACGCAUUUAUAAAAAGAAACUGUUUACAACAAGAAUUUGUUUUAUUACUAUAAAUAUUUUAAAUAACAAUUAUACAUGUGACAGUGGUGUUCUAUGCUAUUAAUAAUAAUAAUAAAAUGUUUUUUUAACUCACAUUCUGCCGUAACAGUUAUUUUGAUUUAGUGGUAUCUGCUAUUAGCUGUAAUACUUUCAUAAAAUGGGUCUAAUAUAUGUUCUUAUAAGUAAAUAAUAAGCUUUUUAUGUCGAGACUAAACUAAAGAUCUGUUUUCAGUUUUAAAGUUUUGUGUUUAUUUGUGUGAUGUAUUCUUAUGGCAUUAUUCAUAAACGCGUUACCGGCCUGAAUUAGCUAUGAAUCGUUUGUCUUUAUCUGCCAUUUUGUCUUAUGUAUUUGUAAGAAAGGGAUAAAACAUAAUUUAACUAAAUCAGGCCCGUAAAGUUUUAUGAUUUUUUUUGCAUUUUUUUAAAUUUUGUAAUAUAAUUCUCUAUAAAAUAACCAUAUAAUAUUUUAGAUAAAAGACUGACAAUAAGAAUUUUACAAUUCUUAUUUUUAAUCUGUCUUCACUUACCACUUUUUGAAUUUAGUUUACAAAAUAUAUUUUUUACAUAUUUUAUACCCAGACAGGUUUUAUUACGUUAAUAUUGAAAGUAAACCAAAAUUAUCCAUUUAUGAAGUAAAUAUUUUUAGUAUCCUAGUAAAUAGUCGAAUUCAUGUUACUCAAACAUGUAAGUACUUAUAGGAUUUUUUUCCUUAAACUAUAUUUUAUCAGUACUGUUUGCCCUUAUUAUAUUUUUUGCUUGAUACUGUUUUAUAAAAUACUAGCGACCCGCCCCGGCUUCGCACGGGUGCAAUGCUGAUGUGUUAUACAUAUAAACCUUCCUCUUAAAUCACUCAUAUAUUAAAAAAAACCGUAUCAAAAUCCGUUGCGUAGUUUUAAAGAUCUAAGCUUACAUAAGGACAGACAGGCAGCAGGAAGCGAUUUUGUUUUAUACUAUGUAGUGAUCACGGUUUUAAUACUUAUAAGAAUAAAAUGGUACCAAUUCCAGUGAAAUAAAAUAUAUAAUAUUUUCGAUUAUUUCUAUUUUAACUGAACAUGUAAUUUAACACUCCAUUUAUUCAAUUAAUUUUAUUAUUUGAAAUAAUUACUAUUACUAUUUUUUGAAAUUAUUGUUUUAUUAAGAAUUUAUAUAUUUACAUAAUCUCAAAUGUUACAUUAUUUAUAAUAUUUUUUUACAUAAUCUCAAAUGUUUUUUAAGACGAAAAUGUGACUUAUGCCACCUUAUGCGUAACUUGUCGUCCGUCCAUUGUAAUUAAAUGUAUUUUUUAUAUUUUUUGUAUCUUAUGAUCAUGACAAAUGUAAUGUGUGCCUUAGAGUUUUUAUAA